UACCGCAUGGGGGGAUUGUAAUUCCGCUACCAAGGAUAGACAUUAACCUUGUCUUUUCUCAGUCACCCAGGGCACCAAAGAAGGCGGACUGUACUCUGUCCAAGGCAUGCUGUCGCUCCGCCGUCACAUCUUACUAUGGGCGACUGUAACAACUGUACACACGAGCGGGCUUUAACCGUAGAGGACGACAUUACUGUAGUGUUUCACAAAGUUGACAACCAUGGCAGAAACGGCGGCGGCGACGACGACGACCACGGCGAGAGUGGCGAUGACGAACGCACAACGGAGACGAUUCACCUGCGAAGUAACUGUCGCGGUUACGACGACGAUGAUGCUGCUGCUGCUGAGGAGGAGAAGGAGGAGGAAGAAGAAGAGAGGGGAAGUGAAAAUUCACAGGAAGGCAGCAAGAAGAAGAAACGAUUAUGCCCACCGGCUUUUUGCGUCAGAAACGAGCCCGCACCCCGAGAAGAAAGCGCACGUGAAGGCUCAGAGAAACAAAAGAGAUGUCCAGGUAUUGGUUUGUUCUACGCUUUCCUGUCCACAGUUUUUUUCUCCAUCAUUGCCCUGUUGGUGAAAACCAUCCAGGGAGUCCACGCCGUAGAGAUCAGUGCCAUACGCUGCUUCUUCCAGAUGAUCUUUACUAUGCCGUUACUCAUCUACAGCAAGACAGGUUUCCUCGGUCCAAGGGAUAAACGUAUAUAUCUGGUGCUUCGGGGUUUCAUUGGAUCCAACGCCAUGAUCUUGCUCUACUAUGCAGUUCAGCAGAUGCCGCUUGCAGAUGCCACGGUCAUCAUGUUCAGUAAUCCAGUCUUCACCUCCCUCCUGGCCUGGAUCUUCCUAAAGGAGCGGUGUACAAUCUGGGACUGUGUCUUCACUCUAUUUACCCUGACCGGAGUCAUCCUCAUCGCUCGACCGCCAUUUAUUUUUGGCGAGGAUCCAAAUGGAAUUGAAGGAAACUACAGUAACCACCUCAAGGGGACCAUUGCUGCAUUUGCAGGAGCUAUUGGAGCUGCUUUUACAUUUGUUGUCCUUCGAAAGAUCGGGAAGAGCGUCCAUUACUACCUCUCUGUCUGGUACUACGCUGUCAUCGGCUUCAUCGAGUGCGUCAUCACCGUAACCAUCCUUGGGGAGUGGAAGAUCCCGUUCUGUGGCCGUGAUCGCUGGAUCCUGGUGCUGAUCGCCGUCCUGGGUAUCGCCGGACAGAUCUUCCUCACAAAGGCCCUGCAGAUCGAGAAGGCUGCACCCGUGGCCCUGAUGAGGACUUUCGAUGUGGUGCUGUCAUUCAUCUUCCAGUUUAUCUUCUUCAACCGCGCACCGACCUGGUGGAGCCUUGGCGGGGCGCUGUGCGUAGUCGCGAGCACUAGUGGAGUAGCACUUAAGAAGUGGUUCAGCAACUCUCGGAAGAGCUGAGGCAACGUAGAGUACUUUGGUAUUACUAUUUAUUCUUCAUUUUCUAUCUUGUGUUCUUGAUUUCUUCUGUAUUUUACUCGUUAUUUACACACAGAACUGUGAGAAAGUUUCAGAUCUUUAACAGAAGAAAUAUAGAAGAAUCGUCAGGUAGAUGUUAUCAGCGAGGCUUUCAAUUCGUAACUGAAUUGUGUACCUCUAUACAAAUUGAUUCCUGAGAAUCAAGCUGUGUAUUUUAUUAUUAUGCUUUUUUUUUGUCCCUGUGGAAACAUCUUUGAAGGAAAUAAGAGGAAAACCUUGCAGAACUAUAUCCUGCUCUGUUGAGCCUGUGUACCUAAAUAACCACCUAUAAAACGGAGAUUUCCCUUUAUCUCUUCUAUGAAUGACAUGCUUUUACAGCAAAAAUGCUGCUGAAGAAUUUCCCAUUUGCUUUAACUUUAAAUAACCAAAGAGAGAGGUUUUCUGCAUUGGGACCAAGUAUACUGUGUCAAACUGUAAAUCUUAAACUACAGAUUUCAUUUUAGAGUGCUAACUUCUAGGCACUUUUAAAGAGGUCAGAAGCAAAUAUAUAUAUAUAUAUAUAUAUAUAUAUAUACAUAUAUAUUAACGGUGCUGACAAUAGUAGCCACAUUGUUUUUUGUGUCAUUUAAAAAACUGGAGUCAACAAAAAGAAAUGUUGAAGUUGAAUAUGAAGUUCCUAAAUGAAGUUUUACUUGAAAACAUGCUGUAUGAUUCUCUCAGGGAUCUCUUGCCUAACUGCUUUAGAAUUCAAUUCAAUUCAACUUUUUUGGUAUAUCACAUUUCAUACAAAUGUAAACUCAAUGUGCUCUACAUGAGACACAAACAAACACAUUUAAAAAAGGACCCUGCCCCAACAACACAUACCUGUUUCUAUUAGAGCGCACACACUAUUUACUAACCGUACAUAUGUACACACACACACACACACACACACACACACACACACACACACACAACAAUAAACUAGCAGCCAAAGGCAGGAGAGAAAAGCAAUAUUUUUAGACUGCUCCUCAAAGAAAUAAAAGUUUCUAUAGACCUCAGGUCAGCAGGCAGUUUGUUCCACAAAUCGCCACCACGGUGACUAAAUGCACCUCCGCCAGAUUUAGUAAGAAGUUUAUAUAAAAUAACUCAUGUACAUACCCAAAUUGUAAAAAUAUUCAUUUGAUAUAAACUGAAUUUUGAUGUCAUUGUUCUUCUGCCAUCCCUCCUGUCUUUUAAAUUAAACAUAAUGAGCUUGUAUACAUUAUGGCCAAUCAUUUCACAUAAUCCUGAAGUGCCUUAAGUAGGGAACUUUCAUUUCCAACUCCCCUUAGUUCUCAGUAACCAGCAUCUCGCUCAGUUGCACAUCUCAGGGGUGAUGGUGCAUAUGAAUAUGAAGUAGGUUACGUUAAAGAAAAAACUCAAAGGAAUGACUAUAAUUAUCAAACAUCAAACAUCAAACAUAAAGUCUUCUUUGUUUUUUAUGAGGCACCUGCGACAUGAUACACCCCGUACCCCCCGCCAAGGCCACGCUGAUAUCUUCAUCGCCUCGGGAGGAGUCAGCUCUCUCAUGUUGCCUAGCACUUCUUAUCAUCUCAGAGAAAAGUAUCCUACAAGUGAUUUUGGGAGUCUAUAAAUACCAUGCUCAGAGGGUGGUGGGGGGGGGGUGUUGUUUGCACUUUGUCUUUGCUUGAGGGGAGAAAAGGCGUCAAUGACCUGCCACUGUUAUUCAACAAAUGAACCUAUCAUCAUACAAAAGCUGCACACAAAGAAAGCUUCAGGGAUUGAAAGAUGAUAGCCCGCUCAAUUAAUGCAAGCACCCGAGGAAGAAAGACGAGUGGUGCAGCCUCAUCAAAACUCUGCAGGAUUUUGCAAAAUGAACUCUGCAGCGCACAGAUGAAUAGUGAUGUACCUGUCACACUUUGUGAUCUAACUAGAAGGCUGAGAUCGAGGUGUUAGCAGCAAAAAACAGUAGCAUGGUUUUUGUGUUCGCGUCAGACGGGCAUCUGUGAUUCAUGCAUGAGUGGAUCUGUGUUAACGGCUGUGUCUGAUUGUCAUGGUGGUGAAAACAGACAUUUGGGCUUUGUGGAUGAGUUAAACAUUCAGCAAAAACAACAAAAAGAGAGACUAAAUACGAGUCCUAAAUAGCAAGCAUUGUAUAGAAGCCAAGAGUGGCCAUGCUUGGCACAAGUAUUUUCCUCUUUUUAAUCACAGAUCCGGAGUGUCAUACAAGCAUGGAAAGAUGGCAUCUUGAAAACUGUUCAAGGAGAAGAUGUCAGAGAAGAAAGCCCAGAUUAUCAACACAUAAAACUGUACUGAAACAAAGGUCUAAAGCACACUGUUCACGUGUGAAAUCCCUGACAGUCAUUAAAAUGAAGGUUUAAACCAUUUAUUAUCCCUAACUUUCGGGAACCUCGAUAAAUAUCUUGCAGAAGAAAAAAGUUCUCCUUUGAAGUGAUCCUCUUUUUUUCAGUGGAAAAAAAAAAUGGCAACCAAGGUCACUCUUGGCUAGCAUAUUGUUGAAAUAUGUUUAGGCCAAAAGACAUUGGAUCUUGUGCUAAAAGCAAUACUGUGUUUCACCCUUUAGGUACUAUAAGGUAGCAUGUCUACCUGUUUACUCUGCUGCAGUGUUAUUACUCGUUGAAACCCCCCCCCCCCAAACAUACCCUUGUUUCCACCCAUGUUGCUUUCUAGCACAGCAGCCGGCUUGUUCUCUUCUGCUUUGUGUCUUGUAAAACUCGUGCAGUAUUUUUUAACAUUUACCAUUGAGUUUCCUGCUGUCAAGACUGAUGAAGUCUCAUCACGGCUGUUGAAGAAAUGUUUAGUUGGGUGCAAUGUUGCUGAAAAAAAGAAAGGCAAUUACUGCUGCGAGACUGAACAAUUUAAUAUCCUGCGGUUUCUUCCCUUCUGUUCUUCACAUGCCGCUGUUUCUGUUAUUGAUCCACCUGUUAAGAACUGUGUGGUUCCAUCCUCAGACCCCUCCCCCCCCCGCCCCUCCAAUUUGAGCUUUCUCUUUUAUUAAGGGAAAUCUAUAUCACCACAAACUGAACCCUGAGUUUGCACACACGUUUUUGUUUUAUUUUACAGUCUCAUGUGAAACCUUUUAUUUACCACUCAUUUUUGCUUGUAUUCUUUAUUUUUUGGAUCAUUUUAAUCGUCUUUAUGAAGGAUACCUUAGACACUCUGAAGAACACCUUGAUUGAAAAUGGUCACAAUGUGUGAGAUAUGAAAAGCAAUGUUCCUUUCAGUGCUGGAUAAGCUCUCUCUUAUGAGAGUCUUUUUUUGUUGCAGUGGUUUAAACUGGUGCAUUCAUCACCAAACAAAUGCUUAAUAUUUUACAAAAGCAGUAUUUAAUUUAAAUUGGCAUUUGGUUCUGCAGAUUCUGAUCACACCCACUGGAUUUUAAAGGGUACAAUAAAUAUGUAAAACACACCAUGCAAGAUUAUGAAUCUGAGAGAUGUCAGAGUUUGAAAAUAGAAAACAAUUGGCCUGAUACAUGUGAUCCCUUUAGUGUAGAAUUGAUUUAAAGGCGCAGUGACUUUUUGCAACCAUUGUUAAAUAGUUCACGUCUUUGGAGGCUUAUUUGAUGUUCUCCUUGUUUGCUUUGCUUCAACAUUUUUUUCUAAUCAGAAUUGUAUUUAACGUAAGCACAAUGUGAUGUAUUUCCUUCAGAUUGUUAACAUUUCUUUCAGGACCUCUAAGCCUUACAAACCUAAUGAAGCUGUUAUUUAGGGUUUUAAACUAUGCUUAAAUAGUAUUUAUUUGACUAUUUCUGUACUGUAUUACAUCAGUAUAUUCUAUAAGAUGUAUAUAUUUCUGCAUAGUGAUGAACUAUAUUUGGUAUAUUAUGAUUUGAUAAUAAAUUCUAUAAGAGUU